GCUUUCUUGACCUUCAUCACGGUGGAAAUCCACGCGUGAUUUUACACUGACACCUUGUGGACAAAAGCGUAACUGCAGUUACCGCAAUUGAAUUACAAAUCCUUUGUUAAAGCAUUUGGCCACCAGAGGACGCAGCUGAGCUUUCAUUGUCCUGAAAGACAACUGAACAUCCCUCUCUGGAAAAAAACAGAUACAGCUUAUUAUAUAUACAUAUAUGUUUAUAUGUACAAUGGAAUAUUGAUAUGUUUUUGGUUAUUUCAGGACCAAAUUCCUUCUAACAGAACUUAUUUCUGUUAGCUCAUAUUAUUAUGUAAAUAUUAUUUAAAUAUAUGAUGCAAAUUAUAUACAUUAUUUGCAUAUUAACAUGUUACCGUGCUGUUGUUUAUACUUAUGAUUUUUUAUUUUUGUCAAGCCUGAUAUUCUGUCAAAGCCUCUAAAUAAAGAAUGUCUGGCCAGCCAUCACACACACACACACACACACACACACACGAUCUGCUCCACGGGGAAACGCCUUCUCGCCUCGGACCCGUUCUGUUUUAAUUAGCCUCCCGGUGCCGCGGGUAAUUACGGUAACGAGCCGCAAAUGAGCCGUAAUGAACCGCAAAAUUCCCCCAGAAAAGCCUCACGCGAGACGCGGCUCGCGAUUAAUAACCGUCACUCAGGCUUCGGCGGGGAGAAAGGGGUGCGCGAGGAGUUGACACGCAUUACCCUCCACGCUGCGCGCGAGCCCGUAUGUCAUCCCCCCUCGCGCCUCCCGCGCUUCCACAAUCAUUUCCCGCCAAUGAUCAGUAGGUGUCCGCAGCGGCGCUUCCUCACCUCACACCCCCGUCAGCCACACGCAGCGCGACACACACACACACACACAUACACAUAUACACAAACACACACACACCGGGAGGAGCCGUCUACCCUUCCGUCACCCAUACCCGCCCCUGAGGACGGUGCGUCGUUGGCGGCGUCAAUAUUAUUUAUUAUUCCCGUUAGUCUCGGUAUUUAGCGCCGCAGCUGCUCGCGGUGAUCGUUAAAUCGGACGCGUCUCGUUGUUUUUUGGGCGCACGUUGCUCUCGUACAGGGGAUUGUUGAGGCGGCAGAAGCGCGCGGGGAUGCUCUCCGUUAAAGGAUCGUGAAACGUCGCGAGUCUAAAGGACCUCCACAGUGGAUGGUUGGGUGUUAGCGUAUGUUUGUUUUGCUCUGAUGGCGAACAUGAGCAGUGGUGUGUGUAUGGAGAGCCCACAUGCUCAUGGCCACACCCAUGGCCACACCCACAACUACAACCACACCCCCGGUCGAGAUUUCCCCCUGCAGAUCGACUCGUGUCAUGUGAACCCUGUGUUGGACUACAGCGCUCAGAUGGAGCGGUACCGCUCUUUCGCUACCUUCUAUAAAAACAGCACGGCCGCCGCCGCAGCUGCGGCUGCCCCAUUUCCCCAGAACGCCAAAAUCGCCCGCAUCGCCACGCCCCUCUUCCCCUCCGCCCGGCUGUCAGCCAUGCCACCCUGGCCCUGCGACAACGCUAUGCUGUGGGGGCGAAAGCCUACCACGGUUAACGGACCUCACACACACCGGACUGGCAUGCCGAGGGCGGAGGCUGUGCACAUGUCCGCCAAACACAUUCCACAAGACUCCGCCCUCGCGAUGGGUGGUGACAACUUCCUCUCUCCGCUGACCGCAGAGCAGUGUCGCGGUCUGCCAGUUAACGGGGCGGAGUGCAUGAACCGGCUGAAGUGCCCGCCGUCCAUUCCGCCCCCCGGCGCUGGAGAGGCGGAUCGGGGUGGGACGUUCGGAGGGAUGCCCCCACUGGGGGGUCUGUCGCUGCCGCCAGGGGUCAUUGUCAUGACGACGCUUCACUCUGGAGCAGGGUCAUCCGGGGUCACGAUGUCAGACAGCGCAUUCCAGAUCGCUAACGUGGCGGCGGACUGCCAGCACAGCGGCUCGUCCUGCUCCGGCUCUCCUGCCACCCUCAACGGGAAUGCCAGCGGCAGUUGCGGCAGUGGAAGCGGCAGCGGUAGCGGAGCGGCCAAGCGCAAACGCAAGCGUUGCGGCGUGUGCGCCCCCUGCAGGAGGCUCAUUAACUGCGGCGUGUGCAGCUCCUGUCGAAACAGAAAGACGGGUCAUCAAAUCUGCAAGUUCAGGAAGUGCGAGGAACUCAAGAAGAAACCGGGCAGCACGCUAGAGAGAGCACCAUCAGCAGGAGCGGCCGACACCUUCCGCUGGUUCUUCUGAAAAACUCACCACAAACCACAUCACUGAAGAACUGCAGGUCAUAACCCUACAACCCCCCGCGAUCAGGGACUCGCCCUCGCUUUCUACCCCUCCCCUCAGGACUCACUGUGGUACCGAGGUCAUUCAGCAGCCGAGAGACUCAAUGACCUCAACUCACCCGAACACCAACAGACGUAGAGAAACAGAGACUCGAUUUCAGUCGUAUCAGGACCUCGUCUGUGUCUGAAGGGAAGAGUUCACGCAAAAAUGUCACUUCUGUUAUAAUUCACUCAUGCAACGUUCUUCUCUGGAACAAAAACAGAGGAUUUGUUCAAGAAACAAUUUUCAUAUAAUGAAAGUGAAUCGGGACUGUUUUCAACCCCCAAAAUGACAAAAAAAAUCUACGUUCAAACAAUUUAUCCGCUUUAUCCCAAGUCUUUUAAAGGCAUAUGAGAGCUUUACAUAAAGAACAGACCAAAAUACACUGAAUACAUCAUAUGAACCACACGAGCAGCCCAUCCGUCAGGAAAUCAAUCAACUUACAUGUCAGUCUGUUCCUCGUGCAAAGCUUGAAAUAUGACUUCAAUACUGUCAUUUAUGUAUUAUUUUAACAAGUGCUACGUGAACGUGAGUGAAUGAUGACAGAAAAAUUAGAUUUUUUAUAUCAUUUGUUCGCCCUCACGUCAUGUCAAACCUGUAUGAGUUUCUUCUUCAGAACACAAAAGAAGAUAUUUUGAAGAAUGUUGAACCCCAUCGGAACCAAUAUUUCUAAAAGAAAAAGGAGUCACGAACAGGUUUAUAGAAGCACGUGAGGAGGAAUAAAUGAUGACAGAACUGAUAUUUUUGGCUGAACGAUCCCUUUAAACCACCUUUCUGUUGCAUGGGUAGAAAAGUGUUUUGUUUUAACUAAAGACUUAAAGAAAUGAACUUUGUUUAUUGCUGUUGUGACACCUCACUGUCUUGAUGAAGAAGAGACUUGUUAGGAUGACUCGUUCAUUAAAUGUGAU